AUGCAGUCCAUUCUACCUUUUACUCCAACCUAUACGGAUCAACAGAUCUACUUGGCGCAAAGUUAUAUCAGGGUUCCUAUACUUGAUGUCGACCCAAAACGCAUUGUUACCCAGAGAAUCUUCCCGGAAAGCGAACAUGAAGGGCUUGCAGACCUAAUGACAAUCUUGACUUCAGAGGAACCAAUUAGCAAAACUUACCGAAGGAAACUCAGCACCAGUUCUAUUGAAACCGAUUUUCCCACUUCUAGUGGCGAAAGCAAAAGUGAAAGGGUUAACGUUAGUUGUUUGCAUAAUCUCAUCAAGGCAACAUUGUUUUGUAUGGGUGAUCUUGCAAAAUUGCCGGUCCAAGGGUCCGUAAAGCCAUUCCUUAUGUGCUAUACCGCUCCAGUCCGGUUUGAGUGGACUAUGGCAGGAGUCAAAUACGUGGCGGUAAACGACGGCUCCAUUGGCGUCAACUUUCCCGGCAACGUUUCUCUCUCUAAUAGAAAAUCUGCGAAGCCUGUGGUUAACCUAGAGGAAGUUGCAGAGCUAAUAGGGAGCAUAGCUGCUCAAAAGUCUAGCCCGAGGAGCUAUCCCAAAGGCCAAAAGUCUUUUCUUGAAAACCGGUACAGGGACCAGGAGACCCUUCUAAUCAGCAUGCACCGCACGCUUUUCUACAUUAGCACGGCGUACUUCUCCCCAGAGUAUAUCCAGUACAUGGAGAAGAUCUAUAGUAUGGUGGGUUAUAUAUUGAUAAGGUCUGCACAUUUCGAUCUCAAGAAUGUUGAGCAGAGGGUCCAGGCUUUGGAACUCUUACGGGGUCUUAUCAGUUAUGUUGCAAGCGGGGAAGAAAAGGUCGAUAUUGUGGCAGCGGCAAUCGAAGCCACACAAGACUCAGAAGGCUUGCACUUAGAACCUGUCAUAUUAGCCCGCAUCUUCUAG